UUCCCACUAUUCUUUUAAUCCCUUUUACAUUUUCAGGAGGGGCUAGAUUUUUGAUUAUUUCGAUUCUGCUUAGGCUGGGUUUGUAACCAUUUGCGUCUAGAAUGUGCCCCAGAAAGUGCAUUUUAUUAGACCCAAAUAUACAUUUUUGCGGCUUUAGUUUUAAAUUGAAGUGUCUAAAUCGUUCAAAGACUUUUCUAAGAACAUCGAUGUGUUCGGAGAAAUCUGGGGACUUAGUGAAGAUUAGUAUGUCAUCUACAUAUGAUAUAACUGAAUCUUCCAACCCUGAUAAGACAUUAGUCAUAGCUCUACAAAAGACGGAAGUUGCGUUUUUUAAACCAAAUGGCAUAUGCGUCAUUUGAUAUAUUUUGUCUUCAGUUAUAACCCCGCAUUUUCUUGAAGCGUUAUCCGUUAAUUUUAUUUGUAAAUAGCCACUAGCAAGGUCCAGAGAGGAAUAGAAAUUACAGUUCCCUACUUUUUCCAU